UUUUUUCUCAACACUGAUUUAGCCCGAACUUUUUGACAAUACCAAUAUGGCGACGAUAUUUUUAGGAAUUUGUGACCAGCCUCAGAUGGAUUUUAUAUCAUUUUAAAGCCUGGCAAAGAUCAUUUUUUUUUAGGAUAUCGAAUGAUAUCGAUCCGAAGUUAAUCUAAACUUUUCAUUUUAUUUUUCAUGUAUUUAAUUGCUGAUUGAAUGAUAUAAGAAUAUUAAGAAAUUAUUUGUUUUAUUAAACUUAUUUCAGUUUCAUAAGCAAACGAACAGAAAAUGUGAUCUUGGUUAGUGUAAGUCUAGUUCAUUUAAAAAUUAUAAUUCCAUACGGUUGCUGUCAAUGACAAGUAAUGUAACAUAGAAAUGACAUAGAAAACAAAAAAUAAUAAUACGAGUUAAAAUUUGAUGCAAAUAUUGACUCGAUGACUCGAUACUCGAUAGUACAAUUAAAUCGAACAGAGUUUACUUCGUUUACCUUUUCAAAACGUGAAGCUUGGGGGUAGCGGAAACGCUUAUCUUCAAUAUUUUCAUUACAAUACAAGUUUUAAAUAACCGUUUAAAUUAUUGAAAAAUUCAUAUUUCAGACUAAUGCAUUCGGUUCGGUUACUUUUCAUCACGUUCACAAAUUUAUUAUUUACCGCCAGCAACCCUAACCGGAACUGUCGGGUCCUAUGUCAACUUGACAUUUGACACUUACAGAUUGUGCGCGAACAGCCUCAGCUGGAAAUUCACAUCUAAUUAUAAAUUUUAUAUAUAAAAAAAUGUAUUGCAGGUAAAAUACCGCAGUGCGAUGCACACGGGCACGUGGCGACUAUAGGUUUAGGGCUACAUACCGGCCCGCUUAAUUUAAUUAGUCGAUUUGCUUACUCGUAACUGUAGUGUAUGAAACUGUAUCUGUUUCUAAGCUAAUUUUAGGAUUAAGUUCGAGCUGAAGGUAUUAAAUUAAGUAUAAAUAUUAGUAUUUUGAGAUUAGAGACUUUAUAUUUUAGUUAUGGCAGUGCAAAAUAAAGUUUUAUACGCCUUUCGAGGAUGGAUAGCAUUUGUUGCUUUUAUGGACUUGGGGACCGCCGGCCGGUCGUACAUCGAACGGCGGUCGUUCCUCAGUCACCACGGGGAAACUGAGCACUUGGAUGGAGAUUUCACAAUCUCCCGGAUGCUGGGCAUGUAUUCGGUGCUGAAGGCUCUGGCGCUCAUCCACUGUACGCUUUACAUACAUUACAGGCCCGUGGUAUCCAUGGGCUACUGGUCGCUCAUGCUGACUAUCGUGCUGUACUUCACGGAAGCAUUCUGCUACCACUCAACCAACCUCAACUUCUACGUCGUGUUCCCGUGCAUACUCAACAUUAUAACCCUCCUCGGCCUCAUAUACCUGCCCACGAAGCUAAAGCUCUGGGGCCAGAUACCAGGCACCUCGGGCAUGGAGAGAGAGAUAGAAGAUGAAAACACGCAAAUCCUUAGACAGAUGGGCAACUUCAAGCGGCGGAGACCGCAGGCUAAGAACAAGUAUGUCUGAUCGCGGGGACUCUAAUAAGUUCCAUUAACAAGGGAGUGAUACAUAGGAGAGGUGUAAUGUCUAAGACAAAGCGUGCCUACAAAUUGACAUCUAAGUAGAUGUCGCUGUAAGUACAUGUUACGGUAACUCUCGGAAUGCAAAAUCAGUUGCCACAAAACAUGCCGCCACAUAGCGCCAUGUGCCAAACUCAGAGGCACGAUUUUUUUCUAAACAUACUUUUUUAACAAUUAUUAACUCUUUGCCUUAACUAAGUUAUAUUUUUAUAUCCCAGACACUAAAUUGGCAGUGUGAUUGAAUAGAAGAAGUUUUAUUCACAAAAUUCUCAAACUAAAGUUAGUAAAACAUGAAAUAUACAGAACCAAUUUAUUUUUAAGCGUCAAAACUAACUCAGCUUAAUGUCAACUUCAAUUUACUACGCGAUCCUGCUUUAGUACCAAUUUUGUACUAAAUCGAUAGUUUGGGGCAAUCAAAGUGUCAUUUUAGUAUCUUAGACGUAAAAGUAAGGGUAACCAUUAGGAGAAUCCGUAGAACGAGCUGCCUCGUAAGGUAUUUGCCGCGCGAGGCAUUUGCCGCUCGAAGCGGCUCGGUCUGUCAAAACCAUAACAUGGCAAAAGUUUUAAAAAUAUAAUUAGCUCGAUUUUUUUAUUAUUUAAUUUAUUUACUCGAGUUAAUUUAAUCUUUUCUUCAUCCUAAACCUCUCUAAAAUCAAUUAUUUACAAAUUUAUAUGCAUUUUAAAAUAGUCACUUGUUUGCUUGGAUAUAUUUAUGUAGUUAUCGUAGGUACUGCAGAACGAAUCACUUUGUCAAGUACUCACGGAGUGGUUUUUCAAGCACCUAGGAAUACAAAUAGAAGUUAUCUACGAUUUUUUUGUAAAAUUAUAUGUGUGGAAGAUUGUUCCUUACAUAAUAUUCUUGUAAAACUAUAAUCGCAGUAUAAAAUAUAUCGAAAAUGGUCCCACAUGUUUUUUAAGUCAAUUGCAUGACAUGUUUCGCUCCAGAACGAGAAACUUUAUAUAGAGCCGUUCGCGUUGGCUUACUGAAGCAAACCAAAAUGGAGAUAGUUGUGCAGUAUUAUAAACUUUAUAAACAUGAGUGACACGUUAAUAGCUAGGUAUAUUUAAUGUCUAAAUAUCACGGGUUUUGUAUUUAAAAUCACAAUAGUCCAAUAUGAGUGCCAAGUAAAAUUCAAUCUUCCUACAGAACACAAUAGAUGAUUAUAUGUAUUCAUAUAAUAUAAGUAUAUAUAAAAUAACAAACACACAAUAAUAUUUAUAGACCGUGGAACAAUUAAACCAUAAUGAAAAUGCGCUUUUAUUCUAAAAAAGAUUUUGCUAACAGAAGAUUUUUUUUUCAUCUCAUGCUAUAUAUUCCAAGCAGAAGUACCGGUAGUAAUAUUUGAUUCUAGUAAAAAAUUACCAAUAUAAAACACCAAUAUUUAUAUGUACACAGUGUGGUGAAAAUUGUGUAGCUGGAGUCUUAAAAACCCUUCAAGCUCUUCACCAUUCGAAGUCAGGCUGCAUACAUAUAUGACCGUCGUUUACAAUGUACUUUUACUUACAUUAUUCCCGUACACGGCGGGAAGAAAUUGACAGCUCGAGAUAUAAAAUUGAAGAAAUUUGUGCCUUAAUUUAUUUUAAGUUAAAAUUUCUUCAAUUUUAUAUUUGGAGUUAUCAUCAUUUUCCUGCCGUGUGCCGAAUUUUAGCCUCUUGAGGUCCACACAUGAAAAUAUGCCAAGACAAAAGCAAUUUUGAUUUGUCAGAAUACAUAUUCAAAUAAGAAUGGAACAAGUUUUUAUAGACAAUGUUUAAAAAUAAAAGAUAAGUGGAAAAACUCACUGUCUCGGGCGAGACUUACGACUCCUUAAUACUAGCCCCGAUGAUAGUGAUUUCCACCAUAUCCUUCACUUGCGCGUGUUGGGGAGAUGCCUAGAGACAUCUACCGUAAGAGCAUUAGACUACUUAAAUGGCUACCGGAGUUCCAAGUCAUAUUGGUAUUUUAAUAGACCUCUGAGGACUUACCUUACCGCGACCACGUUCGACGUGUUGCCUCUCUGUCGCACUUGUAAAUUCGUACGUAAGCACAGGGAGGCAACACGUCGAACAUGAUUCGCGGUAGGCUCUGAGCGGCUAGAGGAUAGGAUAUUUAGCAACGGUUUACGAGCGCAUUUUCAAUAUGCUGUAGGCAAUAAUCUACUCUCAAUAAUCAUAUCAACUUUACUGACUAAAGUUAUAUCCACAAAUCCUAGUAACAAUGCUCGUCCGAGGCAAUGCGGCCGAGGCACGCCUACACAGACGCGAAGCAACUCGUCGCGUGGCGAUUUCCUCGCGAGGCGCCUCGUCCUGUGUGGACCCGCCUAUUGAAAUAUUUCCAAUAUACUCGUGAUCUGUAGCUUAGUUUAGAAAAUUUCGGUGAUAAAUUCACCUCUAAAGAGCUUGUUUAUUUGAAGUUUUACUUCUAAAUUAGACUUAACGACUCUAAAAAUAAGAUCUACUUUCGAUGUUGCACUAAAUCUUAAGCUUUUUUCAAAAGUUUUAAUCAUUUUAUUACUUAAGGUUGUCUAUUCUGACUAUUCUGAGUCUCAUUUUAUUUUUAAUAAUUUUGUAAAUGUUAGAUUAGAAUAAAACAUUAUUCCCUCUCAAGAAGACAUACUGAAUUAUAUAGCAAAGAGAAUUUGAAAUAGAGGUGGAAUGUCAAAGUAAACUUUUGUAGCCACAGUCAAUUUAGUGCCAUCUUUCGACUCAUGAUUAAAACUAUUAGAACGCUAUUUGACUUUAAUCCUUAUUCUUUCACUGAUAUGUGUUAAAUUUGUUAAAUAUCUCAAAGUGGCGCCAUCUACUAGAGCAUAGGCCAAAGGUAUGGCGGCAUCUUUUAGCGAUGGCGCCAUGACCUUUACGUUUCCUUGGACAAUUUACCUCUAUUUCAAAUUCUCUGUGUUAUAAUAUCAUUCGCAUGAUGUCCCCGGGUUGUUUUUAUAUAUAUUUUCUUUUACUACACAUAGCUACAGAAAAAUUAACGUUUUUAUACGAAAAAGAUGACGCUGAAAGUAUCAGUGAGAUAAGGUAUGUAGGUGUACCCUGACAAGGUUUUAUUUGGACUUCGCCAUGUUGCGGAUUUUCAGUGGUACUAAUUUAUUCUACUGGUAUGGAGAUUCUUUGACAACCGACGUUGUAAGUCCAACCAGAAGAAAACAUUUCGCAAUUAUAUAUAAUUUUACGGAUUUUACAACAAAUAUGACAAAAAAGAUUGUCAAAUAUACAAGAAAAAGUAUUUUGAAUACAAUAAAACAUUUACUUUACAUCAAUAAAAAGAUGAAGGAUUAUGUUAGAAUUACAGUAAAAAAAAAAUUGGAAUUAGUCGUUCAUAUAACCGGUACGGACAUUUUAUUUGAUUAUUCUAACAUUGACAUGUAAUUUUGGCAAUUUGUUAUAUGUAAUGUUAAUUUAAUUUAUUUAUUUAUUAAAAUAUUGUCAAUUUUAUUAAUUAACUAAUUUAUUACGUUGUUGUGUUUGUUGUUUGAUCCCAGAUGGUCGAAAUAAAUGAUAAUUUAAUUUAUUCGCUCCGUUCAUGAUUGUAGUGCCGCGCCGCCCUGGUGGGUGUGGGACAUAUUUCUUACUUGUCUAACAGCUGCCAAAUAGUAUGAAGACUAAACCUAAAAUGUAGUGGUUAUUAUUCUCUUUGACUAAAUAUUGCGUAGGCGUCGCUUGAAUUAAAAUCAAGAUGGACCUCGGACUAGGCGGUCGCUCCUGGAUCAACGGUCCUUAACAACAAAUGUUAUACGAAGCGUUAUUGUUUUUCUUGCUUAUCUAAAUUGCUACCUACUUUCGGGCGCUAGAAGAGCGUAAAUAUACUUCAAAGCGUUAAAUUUUGCCACUACACACGGCAAUACUUCACUAACCACUCUCUGGUCGCCGACAGUUUACUGGUUUUCGCGUCGACCCUUGAGUGGUGGGCCGCCACUUGAAGGGAUAUGUAAACUGCUUGUAGCGACACAAUGUCAGGGCCAAAUAGCAUCUUGUCAAAAUUUAUAUUAUAAGCAAUCCGUAUUUAAAAUGAUGUAGACAUUCCUGAAUACCUCUAAACCUCUCCCGCUUGUGAGUGAGUGAGAUAGUAAAUAAAUUCCUGUUAUCUCUAUACGCAUCGGUAUCCCUUUGCUUGUAGGCACACGAUUUUGAUCGCACCGAUGCUUGUGGUAGAGGCUGUUUUACCUUGGCAAGGAUAAGAAAUCUUCUACAUGCUGAUGUUAAGAGCAGUUCAGUGAUCUCGAUUGAAUAAAGUAAUCAAUGAAAUUGAUCGAUAUUGAACGUUGUUGUUUACAUCUAAGUAAGAAUUCUUUUUACAAGCUUUUAUUAUUACAAGCUUUUUUACAAGCUUUUAUUUACUUUCACCUGACCGUUGUCUGUCUGUAAUCAAAUCUUGUAAGUUAAAUUUGAUCCACUUCCUGGUUUCCGAUUGAGCUGAAAAUUUACAUACAUAUGUAAGUCGGGUGACAAUGCAAUAUUAUGGUACCAUCGACCUGAUCUGAUGAUGGAGACAAGAGGUGGACAUAGGAACUCUGAUAAAACAACGCAACCUAAUUGUGUUUGGGGUUUUUUAGAAUUGUCUCGAUGAGUAUUAUUAGUUACUUGUGGAAAGAAAAGUACAGUCAGAGGCGUUAGGCGCUCGAAGACACAAACUUGGAUUAUUAAUUGGGCCAACAUCAUAAACCAGUCUGAAAAAAAUCAGAACUACUGGAUUUGACGCAAACGACCCAGUUACAAAAGGUGAUAAAGUUACUGGAUUAUCUAUAAAUAUAGUUUUGUGGAGCAUUACAAUUGGGUACUUGACACAUGUUGAAUAUUAUAACAAAAUUUAGUUAAAUGGAUAGAAAAUUAGCUAUCCAUUAUAAAAAAGUGGAAUUUAAUAAAUUAUAUUGAGAUUAUAAAAAAAUACAAGGCUGCGAAGUCUCAAAAAAAAUUUUUUUUUUGUCUUUCAAAAAUAGAAAAGAAAAUGGUACCAUUCGAUUCCUUACAUUUUAUUGAAAAAUAAAUUGUAUGACAACUAUACACAUAAACGCAAUAUUUCAGGGCCAAAAUGGUAAUUUCCUUGAUCUUCCAUACAUUUAGGACAGACUUAUAUGAUGUGACGUCACAUCACCUUAUAAUUUUGUUAGAGGCGUUUCAAUCAUCGAGUGCGAGCGUCAGACCUUAACUCUCAUUUCUGACCUUUGUGUUGCUUAAUUGCCAUGAGACCUAUAUAGACAUUUGACCCUCAGGAAAAUCAAGAUCGUUUGACAUUAUUUACAAAAAACAGUCAAGUAGCCAAUUGACAUUUAUGGAAUUAUAACUGUAUAAGUCGCGGUAACUCCAUUCGUUAAUACUUUUAAAAGCUUUGUAACAUUCUGUCUUAGCUUUACUAAUACUUUCUAUAUUCAGUUGCAAAACGCGGACUGAUGGUCCAACGUUCCUUGUUUUUGGGCGCUUAAAAGUGCCGUUUUUAAAGGCAUCCGAAUUCAUAUUGAGAAUUAGUUGUUGAAGUAGAGUAAGCUGCGAGACCUUGAAGAGACAGUGCAGCUGCCAAAGUUGUUGCGCUCUUAGCACCACCCGGGGAUCACGUGUAGGGCUAUCUAAGGUAAUUCCUACGGACGUGGAGCAACAUCGACCCCCAACGGUGCGAAUCACGGUGUGGAGCACCCGAGCAGACCGUACACCACACGGUAUUUGACUGUCCUCUAACCAAAUACCAUGGCCAAGUAGAAGAUUUUACCACCUUAACUAAAGAAGCGGUACAGUACUUAAAAACUGUAAAUCUCUGAAGUAGAGUAACAAAAAGCCAUACGAAAAAAAAAAGCUUUGGAAGAACUUUAUUCAUGAAUUUGAUGAUUUCUUAUCCUGGCCAUAGACUAUUGUACUAAAGAUUAGUAAUACAGCAUUUUAUUGUCAUUCCUAGCGUAAGUUCUGUACAGGAGUAUGUGUGCAUUCAUUCUAUAUUCUAAAGAACAGAGUUUCUAAAGAGGUACGCGCAGUGGUUUAUGUAGUCAUGUUUGACGAAUAAUUGUGUCCACGGCCGGCAAAACGUCCCACUUGUCGCUUGCCAUAAGGACGCUUUGACAGGUUAUUCGUAUAAAGAUACAAGCAAAUCUCGUCCUUAUGGCAAGCGACAAAGUGGGACGUUUUGCCGGCCGCGGUUACAUUUGCUGUUAACGUGCAAAUACUGCUGUAUUUGACCUGUAGUGAAUCGAUAAAUUAAGUUAAUAAUUAAGUAUUAAUUAAAAAGCAAUAAGCUCAAGACGAUGUGCUUUCCGUAGUGACUUAAGCAUUCAAAUUAUCAGUAAGUUAGAAUAGUAAAAAUAUUUGACUGUGUGAUUGAUAUUUUGGAGGAGAAUCUGUGACAUUGGCAGUUUUUAUAAUUUACUAGUCUUUGAUAUAUAAGCUGUAAUUGUUAAAUACGAUUUUUUUGUAUUUUUGUGAUUUUGAAUAGGUUUUAAUUGAGGAAUGUUAGAUUAAUUUAAGUUUUAUAAAGUAAGACGGGAUAAGACGGACACCGGGACAAGAUAGAAACUUAUAUUGACUUGAAAUAUUCCCAUCUUUGUAUCUACGGCGUAUUGUUGCGUGGCAUCUUCUUAGGCUGCGUUUCCACCAGAGUCGUGCGAGGACGGUUAAGAAUCAAUAGAAUAUUUUUCCACUAGAGCAGCACUGAGUGUGGAUAGGUAAAUGAAAUAAUUCUACUAGUUCUCAACAAACACUGAAAACUCACUCGCUACGCAUCAUCGCACAUAUCUGGUAGAAACUAUACUCUGUAUCUUUAGGUAUUUAAAUAAAAGUAAAUAAACAAUUUGUACAUUUUCGGGUAGUUAUAACAUUUAUUGGUUAACCAACCAAAUACAAAACCGCUUGGAUCUGUCACUGAACGAGCUGACUUUAACCUACAUUAUUUGAUCACGUAAUGUUUUCGAAAUGAAAAUGGCCAGCCAGUUGAGGGUAGAUUCUGUUUAUAACUACCUAUAGGUACAGAAUAUAGGCUGCGAUUAUUAUUAAUUAUGAAUAUGCACAGUCAAAUAGUUUGCCACUAUAUUUAGAGAAUGGACCACACUACUAGUGCCAUAUCAUGUUAUAGGAAUUGUUGAAUUUAAAAUAAAUAAGUUUUGACAAA